CAAAUUUCCUUGGGUAUAUAAGCCGUUGGUUUUUUUCAUGAAAGCAAUUCAGUUCGACUCUUUUAAAAAACUGUAACAAAACCAAUUCAACCAAACAAGAUGAAACUGGUGGUGUUCGCUAUUACUUUAAUUAUCGCUUGCGAUGGAUUUUCAGCUUCAAAUGAUCAUGUUAAGAAACAUCAUCAAGUAAAACAUAGUGAAUCUUCUGAUGUUUCACAUACAAAACGAGUUAUUCCUGGCGGAUUUCUAUGUCGAGUUUUUGUGUGCUCAGUGUGUUCAAUUUCUGGUGGUCAACGCCAUCAUUCAGUCAGAAAAGAUUUAAAUUCAUUGGAAGAUACUCGUACAUUUUUAAAUCUAUGUAAUGUUUGCCGAUGUAAUAGUGGUACUACAAGUACUACAACACAAAAUCCGGACACUACUGAAAGUACUGUAACUACUGAAAGUACUGAAACUACUGAAAGCACUGAAACUACUGAAAGCACUGAAACUACUGAAAGCACUGAAACUACUGUAAGUGAAGGAAGUUCAGUAACCACGGAAGCACCUCAAAACCGACAUGGUAAAAAGCACCAUAACGUAAAAGCACAUCAUGUUAAACAUCAUGAUAUGAAGAAAAAUCAUCACUAAUUGUAAUCAUCUUUACAACACGAUUGUUUCAGCUUAAAUAAAUCAUUAAUUUUUGAAAUUCUAAAAUUUGUUAUAUGAUUUGUAGUUGAUUGAAAAGUGUUGAAUAAAUAAAAUGUGCAUAAAUAUUA